CUCGAUAUCACCACGCACCUCGACCAUCUCCACACUGCCAGGAACACGCACACUAGACCAACGCCGUCGGUCUGGGCCUUGCAAUGGUCCGAACCUUGACGGAAUCUGCGAGAAUUGUGGUGUCCCGUUACUGUACGAUGGCCCGGAAUUGUGAUGUGCACUGCAUAAUAUCGCAACCGAUGAGGGACUGCUCCGUCCGCCUACCGAGGAUUCGAGGAAGAUAUCCAUGGCAUGCGAUUGAUGGGCUUAUUUGGGUUCAUGACUUGCCCCUGUCGAUUGCCCAUCGCAUCAGAUUUUAGGCCCGAUUCUGACUGACUCCGUCAGUCCCCCCUGGUUCUUCCUUCAAUGGCCGUGAUGGCCUGCGACCGACCGACAUGGAUUUUCUCCGGUGAUAAUGCACUCUGUCCCGCAUGGUCGACGUCGUCCGACCGAAUUCGUGCCACUCGACAUCUUGCCGGGAGUCCCUCUUUUUGUCGAUCCCUAUUCCAUUCGGAUGGUCGACAGGGUCAUUUGCUCCGCGGCUGCUCUAGCCUGCUCGCUACUGCAGAGUGCAGAGAAGCAUGAGCACCGCGUAACUUCGGGGGUGACGGGACUAGUAGGAACUACCUGCGGUACUACCCUACUCUUGUCAAUAGUUCUGACGCAAAGGAUGGGAGGUUGCCGGGCGUGGCAGGAUGGCACAACUCGUGGGGUUCAUAGGCAUCCGAAUUGAUUUGGACCGUCUGAGCCGACGUAUCCAACAGGCGUAUAAACUCAUGCAUAUAUCCCCGGGAUAUGCAGGACCAUUCGCACCUCCACGGUAGCGACGCGUGCACGGAGGACCGACUCCAU